UUUUUUAUUUUUAUUUUUUUUUUUCUUUCAAUCAUGACACGAUUCAACGGUUGCAUUGAUCUUCAUCACGGCAAAGUGAAGCAAAUUGUAGGUGGUUCUUUAUCUGACAGUUCCCCUGAACAAUUGACUACCAACUUUGUAUCCGAAGAGUCCCCUGGUUUUUAUGCUCGUCUCUACAAGCAACACAAUGUGUCACGCUGCCAUGUUAUCAAGCUUGGUCCUAAUAAUGAUGAAGCAGCAAAAGAAGCAUUAGCUGCAUGGCCUCAAGGUCUUCAAGUAGGUGGAGGUAUUACAUUAGAGAAUGCGCAAACAUGGCUUUCUCUUGGUGCUUCCAAAGUGAUUGUGACAAGCUAUUUAUUUCCUGAUGCCAAAUUUUCGUUAGAUCGGUUAGUUCAACUCUCUCAGUUGGUGGGUAAAGACAAGCUUGUGGUAGAUGUCAGUUGUCGUAAAAAGCAAGAUCAAUGGGUUGUUGCAAUGGAUAAAUGGCAAACCAUGACAGAUAUGCAGGUCAACAAAGCUACUUUGGAUAUGUUGAGUGAAUACUGUAGUGAAUUCUUGAUUCAUGCAGCUGAUGUAGAAGGUCUUUGUAAUGGCAUUGAUCAAGCAUUAGUUGAACGUCUUGGUGAAUGGGUUACUAUUCCAACAACAUAUGCUGGUGGAGGAAGAUCAUUAGAAGAUUUAGCAUUAGUGGAUAAACUCUCUAAAGGCAAAGUAGAUUUGACAUUUGGAAGUGCUUUGGAUAUCUUUGGUGGUCAAGGCGUCACUUUUGAUGCCUGUGUAGAAUGGAAUAUGCAUCAUCCAUAAAAUAAAAUAAAAAAUAAUUCCCGCUUUUUUUCUUUUA